AUGCCGAAAGAACAGAGAGAAAUCCACAAAAGAAUCCUAUAUAAAAAAAAUGCUGAAGGACCAGAGGGAAAUUCACAAGAAAAUGACAAGAAAAAGUCUACAAGAAAAGUCUUCAAAAAAAAACACAGAAAAGCAAGAGAAAAGUCUGCAAGUUCUCCAAAAAUAUCGAAAGACAGAAGGAAAGUCCACAAGAAAAUUCAAAAACACCGAAAACAUGAAAAUCCAAGUUCUUCAACAAAUGAAAGAUCCAUGAGGGAGUUCACUAACCAAUUCCGAAAAAUUAGUAAAAGUCUACAAUGUUCACUAGAAAAUGUUAAAAGAAUAAAAAAAAGCUUACUUACUAAUAAAUGCCAAAAGACAAGAGGAAAGUCUGCAAGAAAGUUCUCCAAAAUGUUGAAAGACAGGAGAAAAAUUAGUAAAAGUCUACAAUGUUUACUAGAAAAAUCAAAAGAUCAGAAGAAAGUUCACUUACUAAUAAAUGCCGAAAGACAAGAAAAAGUCUGCAAGAAAGUUCUCCAAAAAUAUCGAAAGACAGGAGAAAAGUCCACAAGAAAGUUCUUCAAAACCACCAAAAACAACAAGAAAGUUCUACAACAAAAGAUCCACGAAAAAGUUCAACCAAUUAUGAAGAUUAGUAAAAGUCUACAAGGAAAGUCUGCAAGUUCUCCAAAAACAUCGAAAGAUGAAGAAAGUUUGCAAGAAAGUUCUCCAAGAAAGUUCUCCAAAAACGUUAAAAGACAAGAGGAAAGUUCACAAGAAAAAAAGUCUGCAAGUUCUUCAAAAAUGUCGAAAGACGAGGAAAGUCUGCAAGAAAAUUCUCCAAAAAAGUUCUCCAAAAACAUCGAAAGACAGGAGGAAAGUCCACAAGAAAGUUCUUUACUAACCAAUUCCAAAAAAUUAGUAAAAGUCUACAAGGUUUGCUAG